AUGUACCGCUCCACCAAGGGCGCCUCCAAGGCGCGCCGCGACCAGAUCAACGCUGAGAUCCGGAACCUCAAGGAGCUGCUGCCUCUGGCCGAAGCAGACAAGGUCCGGCUGUCCUACCUGCACAUUAUGAGUCUUGCUUGCAUCUACACUCGCAAGGGCGUCUUCUUCGCUGGAGGCACUCCUCUGGCGGGCCCCACAGGGCUUCUCUCAUCUCAAGAGCUUGAAGACAUAGUGGCAGCACUACCUGGAUUUCUACUUGUGUUCACAGCUGAGGGCAAGCUGCUAUAUCUGUCUGAGAGUGUGAGCGAACAUCUGGGCCAUUCCAUGGUGGACCUGGUUGCCCAGGGUGACAGUAUCUACGACAUCAUUGACCCAGCUGACCACCUAACUGUGCGCCAGCAACUCACCCUGCCCUCUGCCCUGGACACUGAUCGCCUCUUCCGCUGUCGCUUCAACACCUCCAAGUCCCUCAGGCGCCAGAGUGCAGGCAACAAACUGGUGCUUAUUCGAGGCCGAUUCCAUGCUCAUCCACCUGGGGCCUACUGGGCAGGAAACCCUGUUUUCACAGCUUUCUGUGCCCCAUUGGAGCCAAGACCUCGCCCUGGCCCUGGCCCUGGCCCAGCCUCACUCUUCCUGGCCAUGUUCCAGAGCCGUCAUGCUAAGGACCUGGCCCUACUGGACAUCUCUGAUAGUGUCCUAAUCUACCUGGGCUUUGAGCGCAGUGAACUGCUCUGUAAAUCAUGGUAUGGACUUCUGCACCCUGAGGACCUGGCCCACGCUUCUGCUCAACACUACCGCCUGUUGGCUGAGAGUGGAGAUAUUCAGGCAGAGAUGGUCGUGAGAUUGCAGGCCAAGCCUGGAGGCUGGGCAUGGAUUUAUUGCCUGUUAUACUCAGAAGGUCCAGAGGGCCCCAUUACUGCUAAUAACUACCCAAUCAGUGACACGGAAGCCUGGAGCCUCCGCCAGCAGCUGAACUCUGAGAACACCCAGGCAGCCUAUGUCCUGGGCACCCCAACCAUGCUGCCCUCAUUCCCUGAGAACAUCCUCUCCCAAGAGCAGUGCUCCAGCCCCAACCCACUCUUCACCCCAGCCCUGGGGGCUACCAGAAGCGCCAAUUUCCCUAGUGCUCCAGAGCUGGGUGCUGCCUCAACAUCAGAAGAGCUACCCCAGUCUCAAAAAGAGCUUGGAUUUAGUUACCUGGCAUUCCCAUCUGGCUCUGAGCCUCCUCUUCAAGCAGAGCUGAGCAAGGAUCUUGUGUGCACCCCACCCUACACACCCCACCAGCCAGGAGGCUGUGCCUUCCUCUUUAGCCUCCAUGAGCCCUUCCAGACCCACUUGUCCACUCCAUCCAGCUCUCUCCAAGAACAGCUGACUCCAAGCACCGCAACCUUUUCUGAUCAACUGACUCCCAGCAGUGCAACCUUCCCAGAUCCACUGACUAGCCCACUUCAAGGCCAGCUGACCGAAACCUCAGCCAGAAGCUAUGAAGAUCAAUUGACUCCCUGCACUUCUACCUUCCCAGACCAGCUGCUUCCAAGCACUACCACCUUCCCAGAGGCUCUGGGCAGCCCUGCCCAUGAACAACUGACUCCUCCCAGCACAGCAUUCCAAGCACACCUCAACAGCCCCAGCCAAACUUUCCCAGAGCAACUGAGCCCCAAUCCCACCAAGACUUACUUCACCCAGGAGGGAUGCAGUUUUCUCUAUGAGAAGUUGCCCCCAAGUCCUAGCAGCCCUGGUAAUGGGGACUGCACACUCCUGGCCCUAGCCCAGCUGCGGGGCCCUCUCUCUGUGGAUGUCCCUCUGGUGCCCGAAGGCCUGCUUACACCUGAGGCCUCUCCAGUCAAGCAGAGUUUCUUCCACUACUCUGAGAAGGAACAGAAUGAAAUAGACCGCCUCAUCCAGCAGAUCAGCCAGUUGGCACAGGGCAUGGACAGGCCCUUCUCAGCUGAGGCUGGAAUGGGCGGACUGGAGCCACUUGGAGGUCUGGAGCCCCUGGACUCCAACCUGUCCCUGCCGGGGGCUGGUCCCCCUGUGCUCAGCCUGGACCUGAAACCCUGGAAAUGCCAGGAGCUGGAUUUCCUGGCUGAUCCUGAUAACAUAUUCCUGGAAGAGACGCCCGUGGAAGACAUCUUCAUGGAUCUCUCUACUCCAGACCCCAAUGGGGAAUGGAGUUCAGGGGAUCCUGAGGCAGCGGUCCCAGGAGGGGCCUCAUCGCCUUGCAACAACCUGUCCCCAGAAGACCACAGCUUCCUGGAGGACCUGGCCACAUAUGAAACCGCCUUUGAGACAGGUGUCUCAGCAUUCCCCUAUGAUGGGUUUACUGAUGAGUUGCAUCAACUCCAGAGCCAAGUUCAAGACAGCUUCCAUGAAGAUGGAAGUGGAGGGGAACCAACGUUUUGA